AUGUGCCCCGGCAUGGCGGCUGAGGCUCUCAGGUUGGGCGACGCGAGCGCCGAGAAGGUGGAGCAAGACCUCGCGUCCCCCAUGGGCUUGCUCGGCACGGAGCAGCCGAUUGGCCGCAGCUCCAUCGUUGUCAAAUUCUGCGCGAGCUGCCAGCACCACGGGCUGUGGGUGCCCGUUGAGCGCGUCCGUGUCCUGCCUCCCACCGUCCGCCUCGACAACACGGCGUCCAACGGGGUGUGGAGCACAGCACAUACCAACACUGUGCCGCCCUACAGGGUCUGCAACCAGACCAGGCGCUGCACAGGACCCCGGGUCGUCAUCUUUAGCGAGCCGCCGCCAAGCGAGACUCCAGAGUCUGCAGUCUCCGCUGCCAGUGACCUCGGGGGCGUGAUGGGCUGGCCGCUUGGCACCGUCUCCGCAGAGCUGAUGGCAGCAGCGGCGAGCACAGCCAAUGUUUCGGGGCAGCCGGGCUCGCAGACCUGGGACGCGAUCCCGGAGCAGUGGAACACCUCGCGAAACGAGCAUGGCGCGCUGGGCUUGCACAUGAAGUUGGCCCACGGGACGCUGGUGCCCGAAGACAGGCGCCGGAAGGUGCCACGCCGGACGGCCAGAGAGCCGGCGCCGCCGGCAGCCGCGUCCAGCGAUGCCUCGACGUCAGCGAUGCCUCCGCCCGCGGUCCCGGCCUUCUCCGCGGCGCCACCGCUGCCGCUUCCCGCUGACCCGACGGAGGGGUACGACCUCGACUUUCUCGACAGCGUGCUGAGCGAAGACGCCGAGGGCGGAGAUGGGCUCUGGGGAGGCUGGAACGGGUUUUACGUGGCGGCCGCGCUCGUCGCAGCGCUCGCUGCGAUGCUCAGCGGCUUCGAGGGGUACACGUGCGCCUUCGCCUUUGCCGCCGCGGGUUGCUUCUCCGGCGUCACGCUGCUUGUCGGCAGACCGCGGGUGACGGCGCUCGUGGCGAUCGGCUCGCUGGUCGCCCUGCCGGCGGUGCGGGUCGGGAUCAAGCUGUUUUUGCGCUCGCCCACCGAGGUCGAUGAGACGAUCCGCUGCGCGGCCACUUCCCCGCUGGGGAUCUCGGUCGCCUGCGCUAUGGUGGGAGCCAUCAUCGGCUCGCAGCGCGGCGUCGCGUACCGCCACAAGGUGCGCGCGGUCGGGCUGUACAUUAUACUGAGCAUCGUGGACCUCGGCUACGGCGCCAGGGUCUCCGGGAACGACGCCGUCUUCCACCCGCGCUUCUCUGUCCCCUACAUCUUCGCGCCCAUUGUCGGCGGCUUCACCGUCGUGGCCAGGGCCGUUGGGCGCGGAAGAGAGAGACGCUUGCCUCGCGACUACAUUUACGCGUAG